AUUUAUGAAAGAAAUUGGAUAUUUUAAUAUAAAAAACCGUUAUUUAAUAUAUCCAAUGUUAUUUAAAAGAAUGUUUACAAACAAUCGUUUGUUUACACACUUACAUAAUGAAUAAUUGUCGUAAAGUGACAGUGUGUAUUAGUUAUGUUAUUUGUUUCAGAAUUGAUGUUCUGAUUAAAUUAUGAAUGAUUGCAGAUAGUAGCAAAGUGGCUAUUGAUUUUAAUAUAUCUUUUUCAAAAUAUGUUUAAUCCUAUACAGAUAAAACACGAGUGUAUAGAAAUAGAAGAUAUUAAUUAUAAUGGAAGGAAUAUUGGUUCAAACAUUUCCAAAUAUCCAACAUUCACUGAUGAAGAUGCAGAUUAUAAGUAUAAUCAAUUACCAUUAUUUUGGGAUCAUACACCAAAUGAAAUAAGACCAAAAACAGAAAUUCAUGGCCAACAAAGUUUAUUUCAAACAGAAGAAGGUGGUUCAUUAACACAUAUGAAAGAUUGUAUACAAAAUGGUACAUUAUUCCAAAUUAACCAGGAAAGAAGUUCAAAUCACAAUCAAAUGAGUCAACAAUGCUAUAUGGAUAUGAUUCAGAAAGAACAACAAUCUCAGUUUUCUCAAAGUAUACAACAAACAAAACAUACAAAUCAAAUGUUAACUACUUCAGAGCCUAUAUUAUCAAUAAAACCUAACCAUUCUGGAAGACCACCUAAAAACUCUUUAGAAACAAAUACACAAAAAAGAUUUAAAUGUCAAUGUGAAAUAUGUUUCAAAGAAUUUGGACAUAAGAGUAAUUUAUUUAUACACAUGAGGACCCACAAUGGAGAAAGGCCUUAUAAAUGCAAUCAAUGUGAAAAAUGUUUUACUCAUAGUGGAAAUUUAGCUAUUCAUAUGAGAACACAUUCUGGUGAAAGACCUUAUGGUUGUCAAAUAUGUGGAAAAAUGUUUAGUCACAGUGGAAAUUUGUCAACACAUUUAAGAACUCAUUCAGGUGUGAAACCAUAUAAAUGUAAUGUAUGUGGUAAAGAAUUUAGACAUAGUGGAAAUUUAUCAAUACAUGAAAGGAUACAUUCUGGUAUUAAACCAUUUCAGUGUAAAGUUUGUGGAAAAGAUUUUUAUCACAGUGGAAAUUUAACAACUCAUAUGAAAAAACAUACUAUAAAUAUCAGCACUUGUGUUAAUCAGUGUGAAAAUAAUGAGAAACAAGCAAUUUAUACUGCAGUCAAUCUUAAUAAUACAGCCCCUUUAAAUUCAUUUGAUAACUUAUCAUUGAUUCAGACCACUGAUACUAAUAUAAUGUCUAGUACAAACAAUAUUGUUCCUAUAAAAAAUGAAAGUAAUAAUGAAAUGAGUACACUUGGUAUAUUAACACCAACAUUAACUUAAAUAUGUAUUAAGUAAAUAUUGAAAUACCUUAAUGCUAAUACAACUUAUGAACCUAUUUUAUAAUGUCCAUAAAAAUAUAUUGUAAAAAUAAAAAUUUCUCAAUCAUUUUCAUUUCAGGAAGGUAUUAACCUGAAUGAAAUCAUUUUCUGAAAUAACAAAUUUUAGCAUUUAUUAAUACAACAGUAUAAAUUACAACUUGUAACUUUUAUUAUAGAGUAACAUAUAAACAACUUUUUUUAUACAUUACGUAUGUAUAGGCUCGUUCUGUAUAAAAAAUUGUUUUUUUCAUUAAACUGCUAUUUAUAGAGUAAGCCAAAAAUAUAUGUAGAGAUUUUAUAAAAAUGUUUAUGUAUAUUUCUGUGAUAUUUUAAAUUGUAGAAUAACGUAAUAUUAAUAUUAAAAUUUUCAUAUCUAUAUUCUGGACAUAUCCAAUCCUCUCCAAUUAAAUAUAAAGUAAAUUUCUAUGAA